AUGAAGUUCGGGGAAGACGAAGUCUCGAAAUCUGGUGAAGGUGAAAUCGAAGCCCUCGCAUCUACAUUCUUCGAAAUCGAAGCCCUCACUUCUCGACAUUCCUCGAAAUCGAAGCCCUCACUCUUGGACUGUGAAGAUGUAGAAGAAAAUAUGGAAGACACCCAUGAUGAAUUUUUGGUGGAGAGAGAUGUUGACGAGAAUGUUGCAGACAAUGUAAUAUCAGUGGAAGAGCAAACUUUAGGAGAAGAUGGUCUGAUGGUGUCAGAUAUGGGAAUGUCAACAACUCAGCGCAGGGAGAGUAUGAAUGCCUUUUUCGAUAGGUAUGUUCAUGCGAAAAUCUCAUUGAAGCAGUUUGUGAAACAAUAUGAACGAGCACUGAGGAAUAAGGUUGAGAAGGAGUUCCAGGUUGACUUCAAGUCAUACUCACAAAUGUUGAGAUACGACGAUUUGUGUCAAGAUUUUGCGGAUGUUGCAAAUCUCAUUACCGAUGAUGAAGUGCAAUCCCAUGUAAUAAAGGAGUGGAUAAUAAAUAAAAAACAAGAGCUGCUUACGAUAAAGUCAGACAGUGGGAGUAUUAUUAUUUCACAUGUUGGUAAUCCGUUCACCUCACAGUGCAACGAAUCUAAAGACAAUGUCAGCGGGUGCGUACGCGAUCCUAUAUCAACCAAGAGGAAGGGUGCACCAAAGAAGCUUCGGAAGAAAAAUCCAUUGGAGUCCUCUUCGAAGAAAACUAAGACUUCUACCAAAGGAAAGAGGCCAACGUCGAGUCACAGUAAUGCGCCAAUGGUUGCACCCAUCGUUGAAGCAUCUCCACAACUAUUGUUAGGCGACGCCCAAAUCCAUGCUUACCCGCAACACUUGCCGGCAUCAAGUUUGGUCCGACCAACGUCAACAAAUCUUAUAUUUACUUCCUUUAGGUUUACAUGUUUCAAUCUUUCCAUUCCAUUCAACUUUUCAUUUGGUGUGUGCUUAUGUUCAUAUUCUACAAUAGGUCAUUCGGUUUCAUACUACUACCACAUUUUCCCCAACGAAGUGGCCCUGGCCAAUGAACCGUGGCUUCGAACAAGCAACUCGACAAGAAGUUGUGGUAAAGGCUCAAUGGUUUAUUUUGAGGUCUUUUGUUUCAAUCUACAUCCUACAAAAGGGACACUCCCUCACCGAUUCUCGAAAAUAAGGAAAGAAAAUGUGGUGGCUGGUUCUCUAUUUUGUUUUUAAUUUUUGAGUUUCAGUUGAAGACAUGAUUUCUUUGUCAAAUGGCUGACAUUUGGAUAGUUUAGCAUUUUUGCUGAUGGUAAUUUUUGUUUUAAUUUCUAAUUAUUGUUGAUGGUAAUUAUUGUUCAAAUACUUUAUGUUCGUUUUACCCCGGCACUUCGCAAACUAUCUUGUAUUGUAUAGGUAUUGUCAGCCAAUGGUAAUUAUUGUUCAAAUCA